CCCCAUUUUAAAAAAAAUCAAAAUAAUCUUUAAUGAUGCACUAUGCAUUUUUUAAAAUCAUAAAAUACAAUAAAACUGCAAGUUAUAAGCAAGGGAGCUGUUCUAAUUAUUGUAUAUAGCUUAGAACAGACCUACAUUAAACUUUUUACAUUAACUCUUAUUCCUCAAGAAACGUUACCAACAAAGAUUUAAAAAUUUAAAGGAAUAAUAUUUAGAGAACUUUAACCAAGAAUUUAGACUUUGCUGCUGCGGAAGCUGAAAGAAAACUCAUUCGAGAUACUUGUAUUUUGAGGUUCAACAGUGGCUUAUCUUUUAUUGAUGAUAAUUGUGUGGCACCACCUAUGUAUGUGUUAUGUCACAUUUUCAUGCUAAUUGUCUGCUAUCUAUAGUUUUUACUUUUACGCGUCUUGCAUAUCUAUAUUAUCUCUAAUAUUACUUUUUGAAUAUCACAAUUAUUCAUUCAGAGUUCAGUGUUAAACGACAUUGUCGACAUCACUCGUAUUUUUUUUUAGGGAAAAAAAAGAAAUUUGUUGUUAAGGGUUGCUGUGUAUUCUUUUACCAAAAACUUUUAAAAAAUUGCCUGCUUGUGAGUCGUGGUUUAUAUAAUAACAGAGGAACACUUACCAGUCAAAAUUAAGGAACUUCAAGCAGCCGCAGCCAUGAUUGAUGCCAGUGAAUGCAACAUUAAGGUUAUAUGUCGUGUGCGACCUCUUAAUGAAUCAGAAGAAAGAGCAGGGAGCAAAUUUGUUCUUAAAUUUCCAACAGAUGACUCAAUAAGUGUUGGGGUGAGUGUAUAUUUAAUUAAAUCUUUCGCUAUUGUAGAUAUUUUAAUAAAAGCUUGUUAUUACUUGGUGUAAGAUAUGCUCUUACUAAAUCCAAAAACGUGGCAUUAACAUUAACAGUGUUGAGGGGAUCUGAAAAUUUUUAACGAAAUCUGACUAUUCAACUCAUUCUUCUGUUGUGUGACAGGGAAAAUGAUAAAGUUGUGGCCACGUUUUGGAUGUAAUAUUUAAAUUUAUUAAAAAUUGGGGGAAAUGAGAACUUGGUAUGGAAAAAAAGCUCUCCAUAAUUAAAUUCUGCUGUUUUUUGUAUUUGAAAGAAGAAAAAAGUCACCUUCUCAUUAACUAAACUAAUUGACUUUUUAUUUUUAACUACUGUUUAAAAUGAAUCUUUUUUUGAGACAAUUAGACAGUUGAACUUUUAUUAUUGCUCAUGAAAAAAAGAGCCCAAUUCCAAAAUUUUAAAUUUUUAAAAACUUUUUUGUACCUAUAACAAAAUAAUUAGCUUGUUACCGCGUUUUAUUUCCAUCAUAUUUCAGGGCAAACUAUUUGUUUAUGAUAAGGUGCUUAAACCAAACGUCACACAGGAAUAUGUUUACAAUGUUACUGCAAAACCUAUUGUUGCGGGUAAGUAAAUAUUGCAAACAUUAAUGGACUAAUUUGUUUGAAGUGCUAUUGAACUUCUAUUGCUGCCCACAGAUACUACUUACCAGCUAUUUCUUAUUUUUAUUCCGUUUUUUCUGUUGUUUUGUUCGCUGACGAAGGCUUUCUGCCGACACGUUCGCUGUUUUGUUGCGUUUAUUUUUUCAGGUUUAACCCUACUCUGUUUUACUCCUUUUAUUUUUAAAAUAGUAAGCUUAAAAUUUAUUAUAACCUGAUUCAAGGAAAUAGUGGAGUGAUAUAUCCAGUAAAACACAUUACUUGAUAUUCACUGGUUUGAAUGUAAAGUUAAACAAACAUCUUUGAAUGAUUAAAUAAUAUUAAAUCUUAAAAGUAAUUCUUUUAAUGACUGAAGAAAUAAAUACUAUUUUAUGCUAAAACUAGACGCACUUUGACUGUGAUUAAAUUGAGAUUUAAAUUGUUCAGGAAACUUAGUCAAAAUAUAUAUUUGGGUUGGUAAGCUGAAAUUAAGUCUUUUAAAGUUUUGUUGUUCUGUCUUAUGCUCGGAUAAACUUAACUUUUUUUCUAACUUAAUAAAGUUUGAUACAUUUUAAGGAUUUCUGAAAAGUUAUUCUACUUUAGCAUGACAAAGAUGAAAAUCCACUUGAAAACUGUUCUUUAAAAAAAGAUAAUAAGAUAAUUCCAAGAGUCAUUGUACUGCUUUGUGUAGUAUAUUAUGAGCUUGUUGAUUCUUUUUCUAAAUAUUUUUACUAUUGAAAGUCUUAUCAUUCUUUAGAUGUGUUUCCUUGUUAUUGUUUUUUUUUAUUUGUCUGAGGUUCCUUAAGGUAGUGUUAACCAUCCUCAUCCAGAUACCUGACUUAAUACAAAUUUAUUCUCUGUUGAUUAGCCAUCAAUUUUUUUUUAAUAGGUCAUUUCUUUAUAAGAUAGUUUCCGUUUUAAUAUUUAUACAAAAUUGACAUAACAAACUUAAGAAAAUUGGAAAUAUUUAUUUUGUCUGGGCCACUUAAUAAUUUUAAUGAAUCUGAACACAUUUUUAAUAAAUUUAAAAUAAAGAUAGUGAGAUAGUUUUUACAGAUAAUCAUGAUCAAUUUUUACAUCUUAUUAAAAAAUUAUCCAGUUUCGGGAAGCAGGGUUGUGGAGCAGAAUUUUUUCUGGCAGAGCUCUGCUGCCCACAAAGUAUUUUUAGCAUUGCUCCAAGUAUUUUUUUUUUUUUUAAAUUUAAAUAUAAUUUUAUCAAAUAUUAGAGAAAGCACAGAUUAAUCUGCUGAUUUUCUGUAACCAGCUUAUUUUUCACUGAUUAUGCUAAUGAGCCUAUCCAAAAAUGCCUUCUAGAAGUAAAUUUAAAUAGAGUUUUCAGUCUUUAUAGAGUGACAUCGACAACAAGAAGAAGUACAAUUUUUUUAUUAAGAUUAGAUUAUCCACAAAAGACUGGUAAGGUUGUUUUUUGUUUGUGCAUUUAAACUGAUGUGACUUAAAAUUGUGCAUGAUAAGAUAAAGAUUUGUAUUACUAUACAAAGGGAUGCUGAGUGCGCAGAUCAAAUUUAAAUAAAUUUGCAAAUCCUGGCCACUGUCUCAUGCUAUUAACUAUGAUAGUCUUAAUUCGUGUACAAGCAACAUAGCCUUGCAGGAGAGCCCGGCUCCAACAUCCUACCCUGGUAGACAUAGUUUUUUUUUUUUAAAGAGAGUCUUUAGCUGACAGUGAUGUGGAGAAAGAAGAAAACAAAAAGCCUUGGACUGAUGGCGAUAUCAUCAACUCUUAAAAUUGAAGAUGCUUCUAAAUAUAAUAUAGGGCCAGAAUUUGAUAACCAGGAAUCAUCCUCAUUGAUUAAAAAUCAUUUUUGGCUAAUUUCUUUGAAAAAUGUUGUUGUUUUUUAAAAAUAUCUGCUAAUAAAAGUUGACUGAACUAAGAAGAAUUCACAAUCACGGAUUACAAUAAACACCUCCCAGGCAUAGAGUUUUAUAAAAAAAAAAUAGUGUUGUCCAGGUUGAUCAUAGAUUUGGCAAUUUCAUCUGUAAUUUCAUUACUGUUGUUUAUCAAAGAUGAAUCAAGCUUCUUCGUUUCUUGAAAGAACAUUUAGCUUGGAGUUUCACUAAUAACCUAAAUGCAACACUCAACGGUUACAAUGCAAAAUAAGGUCAAAUUAAACUAAAAUUGAAAAGAUGUUGGCUUCAAAAUUUCCCUACAGAAACAACAAUUAAUAGGAUACAAUAAGAAUGACACAAAGAACUUUAAUGUCAAAUCUUGGUAGACAAUGGGGAAGGGGUGUCAUGCUUAGAAAAGAGGCAGGUCGAAUACUACAAUUCAAUACUUCCUUCAGGAUUUAAUAUAUAUAUAUAUAUAAUAUAUAUAAUAUGGGGGGGGGUGGUAUCUGUGGCUGUUGUUUGCACUUAAUGGUUUUUCUUUACAAAUGUGUAAUAUUUUAGGCGCAUAAAUUUCUUAGACUUAAAUAUUUAAAAUGUGUAGUUUACAAUUUUUUAAAUGUAUUUAAUGUUUCGAGCUCUCAGCGGUAAAAAUUAUUACAGGCUCCAGCAAAAAAAAAAACACCUCCACUCCACAACCCUGCGCUGAAAGUCUUGCGGGCUGAAUUUAAUUAACGUUUUAGCGGGCAACCUAGUGCCCGCUGGCCGUAGGUUGCCCUCCUCUGAUCUUGUGUUUAGAAAAGAAUCUUUAAAUGAAAUGUUAUUGGUAGAUUAGAAAUAACUGACUAAACUGCCACCUUCUUAUGACAGCUUUUAUACUUUGUAAUAUAAUCCAUCUGCUUGGCUUUAUUGACACUGAGGAUUGCUCCCAUACACCCUCCAAUCCUUUGCCCUGGAAUCUAACCCACACCCACCUUCUGCCCACGCAUCAGUGCUUUGAUUCGUUAACCCAUAUAUUUGCUCUAGUUCGGUAACGUGGGGCUCACGCCCCUGGUCCCACAGGGGGGACAUUUGGUUGUUAUUGGGGGGUGGGGUGUGUGGAAAAUGAGCUGUCUGGACUUUGAAAACCGUCUACUAUGAUUUUACAUGUAUUUUGAAAAAAUAGCAACAUAAAAGUCUCUAUUUACUGCUCAUACUGCUACUGUUAAUCGUACUCAUGAGGCUAGUUUUUAAAUUUCUAUACUUAUCGCUAGAUCUGAGAAAAAUCAUAAUAUAGGAGAGAACUUAUAUUGAUAAAUGGUAUUUUGCUGCAGAACAGUUGUUCUGUAAACCAUUAGAAAGCACCACUACCGCCAAUUAUUUAUUUAUAUAUAUAUAUAUUAUAUAAUAAUAAGCUAAAAAAUUACUUAGAUGUCAAUAACAUACCAAUGAAAAAUACCUGGUAUGACAUCUUGUGGUGCAGAUGGUGCUCCUAAUAUGAUGGGCAAGAAAAUGGCUGCUUAAAAUUGAGGAAAGAUGAGUAUCCAUAAAUGCUACUUGUGCAUUGUGCUAUUCAUAAGGAAAAAUUAGGAGCUAAAAACAUUUCGCCUGUUCUAAAUGAAGUACUAAAUUCAGUUAUAAAGUUCAUCAAUGCUAAUGCAAAAUGUGAGUGUCUAUUCAAGCUAUUUUGUGAAGAGCAAAUGCAGACUAUGUGACACUUUUACCUCACACUGAAGUAAGAUGGCUUUCGAAGGGGAAUUGCUUGAAAAGAUUUAUGGAAAUAUUUGAUACUCUUGCGAUUCUUUAAAGUGACAAACCUGAUAUCAAUUAUCUGUUAACGGUCGAUGGUAAAGCAUUUUGAAUUAUUUUGCAGAUAUCUUUGAAAAAAAUAAAUAUAUGAAAUAAAAUAAUUAAAAUAACAAAUAAAAUUCUUGUCGAUGCAAAAGCGAAGAAAUUUGAUUUCAAUACCUUUAUUAAAUUAUGUCGGGAAAAUAUUUACAACAAAAAUUUUGAAAAGUUUCAUUGGCUCCAAAAAUUUGAAGUGACUGAUACCUCUAUACUUGUUAUUGUCAAUCGUCUGAAAAUUCUAUCAGUACUAUCAGCUAAUUUAAAAGAAAUAUUUUUUGUAUUGAAACAAAUUGAUUUUCCAACUUAGAUGAUGCAGCCAAUGUUAGUGGAUUUGUCUGAUAUUUCAAAUAUCCAUUUUUACGAAGAACUCGCAGAAAUGCAAAAUGAUGAGUCAUUUAAAACUUUAUUUAAUAUAAAAAGAGCAUUGGCAUGGCUUUGAGAGGAAACAAAUCAAAUAUUCAAAUUCAACUAAAUGGGCAAGAUAACUGUUGUUACUGUUUCCAUCUUCAUGUUUAGCUGAAUGUGGAUUUAGUGCUAUAAAUGAUUUGUUGCAAAAAACAAAAACACAAAAAAUCAGCUGGAGACUUGAGACUGAAGCUAACUAAAAUGGAAGCUAACAUAAAAUCUCUUUGCAUCAAGUACAAACAUCUCACUAAAUUGAAAUUAUAAAUAAUUACUAGAUACUCUCUCUCUCUAGUCCUUCACUUUUCAAGUGGCCACGGGGUUCCAUUGUGCCAUUUGAAUGGCAUUUACAGGCUGAUAGCAACUAAGGAUGUUUUUCUUUCCAUAUCUGCCCAGAUAAGUUCCCCGAAACCUUGUGGGAUAAUGUACGUUAGUUUUCUAUCACCCAAAGUAAUGAUCUAAUUAAUGCAAGUGUUUAAACGGGUCACUGUAUGUUUGAACACAAUGAGACAAUCGAUCAUAGUUCAUAUGUUGCCGGAUUCGUGUCAUUUUCCUUCAUUGUAAAAGUUAAUAGUUCAUCUGUCAUGAACUUAUUUAUUAAACUUAACAGAAAACCACUCAUUUGGACAUUACUAGCAACCGAGGUUGUGUUAGCUUGUAAGCAUUUACGUUGCAAAUACCUGUUCAUGCUGUCGUGUUUAGGCCAAGAAUUCCAAAGCAUUUCAUAUUUAGGUCGUAUCUCUUACCCGGUGACUCUAUGUUUAAUUUACGCCCCGCUUGUUAACAAUGCGCACGGUUACAGUAAAAAUGGGGGCAGACAAAUACGCCAGCGACGCAGUUGUUUCAUGGCAUGCAAGCAAUUUUGUCAUGUUACUCCAAGUUGUAAAUAUGGAUCUAAAUAUAGGAAUUAAUAAAUCCAAAUAACUCUGCCUGAUUCUGUCAUGUCAGCAUUGGGUAUAAUAAUAAUAUACAUCCAGGCCGUGCAGGUGACUUUUGGGUCACGGGAAGUUUCCAAUUUUAGGCCCCCACAAAUUUCAAAGUAAUGGCAUCAAACAUAUCAAUGUCCGUCAUUGGGAGAGUGAUUUACUCGCUUGCCUCGGCCUAAACACGGGGGCCUGUCUACACCCACCCAGCCCCCUAAAAAUAUGCAUUUUUUUUCUUUAGUCCCAUCGGAGUGUGGGGACCAAAAUAACUGCAUCGCCCACUUUUAAUUUAUGCAAUCUGUGAUUGACACUUCUUGGGUGACUUCACAUGUGCUUUCGUAUACCCCAGUUCUUAAAGAUAUCUCCCCGUCAUAUAACGCACCUUUUUUGUUGUUGUUGUUAAAUGCCUCUACUUUUAUUCAUAUGCCUCUAAGCUGCCGUCACAUCAUAAUAUAAAACCGAUUAUUUGAAAAGUUGCGCUACUAGAGUCCAAAACUUGGUAUGCGUCAACGUUAAGGGGGGCGGGAAGGGGAGUGGGGGUUAAUCCUAGAAGUCCAACGUGUUGACAACCCUCUCAAAACUGAAACCUGCCCGACUACCGCGAGCUUCCCGGUUUGUGUCAUUGCAGAUAUUAAAUAUUUAAAGAUGUUGACAUUUCUGCUACGACUGCAAACUCCCCGGGGUCUUUCUUUUUUUUUUUUAAAUCCCGUUUCAGAAUUGAAAAGCGCACGUUUGCUGCAGUACUGUACCUAACAUAACUAGCAUCACCGCAGCCUGUCGGGCAGGACCCUUGCUAUAUUGUGAGAGCUCAAGAUUAUGCUAAUGCUAGCUCAGUGGUCGGCAAAAUAGUUAGUCAAAAGAGCCAAAAAUUCACAGUAGGACGAUUACAAAAAAAUUGAGAGCCAAGUUUCCUUUCAUGAAAAUGUCAAGAAUCAUGUUGUUCGUAGUCAAAACCGAUUUGUGGCCGACUAGCCGAGCCGCACUCAGGUCGUUAAAGAGCCGCAUCUGUCAUUUUAUGCGGUUCAUUGCUUUUAGGGUUACCUUCAUGGAGAAGUUAUUUCUGAUAAGUUAUCUCUUCAAAUGAACAAGGUGGCCUCAGUUUGAGGACUUUACGGUCUUAAACAAUAGCAUUGACUGUGCUAUACUAAACUAAGGAAUGAAUACGUGGGGUGUGUUCUUGCUGACGUCAUGAAAUGCGAACGUAGCGGGGCGUGCUGGGCUGGGAGGCGAGAAGGGCUCAGAGUGUGUAAUUAUUUUGAGAACGUGGGUAGUUUGUUUUUAAGUUGCUUCUGUUUUUUUUUACGGCAAGAAUGGUAGUGUUUGAGUAUUCAUUUCAACUCAUGGAUGAUUAUAAUAACUCUUGAGAUCUUAUAAGCUGGCCAUAGCCCGCCAAAUAUUAGCGCUAUGCGCGAACCUCCCAUCGAUUAAAGUUACUUGACAAAACAAAGGUUAUCUAGUAACGCACUUUCCCGAUUAGUGCGCCCCACCCCCAGAUUUGCAAGCGCACACUUUUUUCCACGCCCCUGAACUAUAUGAAUCUUCUAAUGUCCCACCCCCUUUUAUACCGCAUAUUUAUAACGCUAUAUUUAAAUUGUUGCGCGCUAUUGAACCUUAGGGUUAGUGGCAACAUUGUUAUUUAGAGAAUGAUACAUUUAUAGUCAAUAAUUUUAGCUUCUCGUUCAUUGAAGUACAAUACAGACACAUCGUGUGAAUGUGAGAUAUAGUUCUAUAUCUAUUUAUAUAUCUAUUUAUGUUUUCUUUAUCUACUUCUGAGAUGUACAAAACUGUUGGGGUUAUAUUAGGCAUAUAGUUCUAAGUUGACAGCAUGGGUCCUUAACUUUAUUUGUAAGCCAGUUUUUAAGGGGGCUAUUCAUAAAUGUUGAGCGAUGUCAUUUAUGGGUGGCCCCUAAGUCCUGGUUCUGGUGACAAAAUAUAUUUAUUUGAAUACUUAGCAACCCUCUCAACCACCUCUCCUACCUUUUUAAUUUUGCUGGAGUUUGGAGCAGACUUUGGAGGGAAACUUGGAUAAAAAUCCCUGCUUUCAACGUUUUAUUUUUAGUUAUAACUCUUAAAAAUUCCCUUUUUGUUUACAAGCACACACACAAAUUUGCCAAAGGGCUAUCCAUAGAUGACACACUCUUUUGGCUGAUUUAAAAGAAAAACUCUCCAAAAAAUUAUCACAAAGGUUGACACCUCAAUAUAUGUGGUUUAUUCUCUCUCACUCUCUCCCUCACUCUCUGUCUCUCUCUCUCUCUCUCUCUCUCUCUCUCUCCCUCCCUCACCCCCAAGGGGUCAUUUAUGGAUGGCCCCUUAAUUCUUAACUAUUUGAUAAGUUAUCAUUAAAAUGUGGUCCUCUCUUUUGAAAUUAAAAAAAAAAUAAUUGCAGGUGAAUAAAAAAUCUGCUUUUCUAUAUUUUUAUUCAUUUGCUGAAAUGUUGUUAUAUGAAUAGAAGUGAAAGAUGUUAAAAUAUUUCAGCAUGUUUGGUUUACUACUUUCUUUAGUACCUUAAUCAUUUUAAUAACAAGAGAAAGAAAAUAAGGGAAUAAUAAUGGAUGACUGUAAGUUUGAAGCUGUCGAUUGAUCCAAGAUCUUCCAAUGACCCAGUGUAGUCUUUGUGUUAAGUUGCCAAACAGUUUCUAAUACAAAUCAGUAUUUGUGGGCAGUAACAGCUGGAGGGGGAAUAAAGGGAGCCUAGAUGGCUGAGUCAUGGCUGCUCUUUGGGUGAGUCUAGACCAUGUGAAGGGCUUAUUUAAAAGUCUUUUAAGUCCUUUAAUAAUUAUCUUAACACCCUUGCCCCUUGCAAUAAGUAAUCACUACAACUACUAUCCUAAUUUGCAGAAAGCUAUCUUUCUAGCAGCAACUUAUUAAUCUAUAAUUAGAUCUACUGAGAACAUUCCACUGCACCAAGGUGUGUCAUUUCAGCUAUAUUGAUCAAUACCUUGCAAAUCAAUAUUCGUCAAGGUGAAGGAUGUUUUAUGUUUGCAGUGCAGGCUAUGCUUUCAUGUGUAUCAUGUUUUGGUUUUUUUUAACUUGCUAUUAAAAAAGUAUCAGUCAGACAGAGCCACUUCAUUCAGGGUUUUACUUUAAAAAAUUAAUAAUUAGCUUCUAGUGUAAAGAAAAUUUUGGGUUGGAUACCAUGAAGUAUAGGCAAGAAAAAUAACUAGUGAGUGACUAAAAAUCUGUCUGGGGGCUUUAGGAUCCCAGGGGUAGGUUUAGUCUAAGGCGUUUAUGACGCCAGGGGUGGGUUUCGUCUAGGGCUAUUAUGAUGCCAGGGGUGGGUUUAGUCUAAGGCUGUUAUGAUGCCAGGGGUGGGUUUAGUCUAAGGCUGUUAUGAUGCCAGGGGUGGGUUUAGUCUAAGGCUGUUAUGAUGCCAGGGGUGGGUUUAGUCUAAGGCUGUUAUGGUGCCAGGGGUGGGUUUCAUCUAGGGCUGUUAUGAUGCCGAGGGUGGGUUUCGUCUAGGGCUGUUAUGAUGCCAGGGGUGGGUUUAGUCUAGGGCUUUUAUGACACCAGGUGUGGGUUUAGUCUAGGGCUGUUAUGACACCAGGGGUGGGGUUAGUCUAGGGCUUUUAUGAAACCAGGGGUUGGUUUAGUCUAGGGCUUUUAUGACACAAGGGGUUGGUUUAGUCUAGGGCUUUUAUGACACCAGGGGUUGGUUUAGUCUAGGGUUUUUAUGACACCAGGGGUGGGGUUAGUCUAGGGCUUUUAUGACACCAGGGGUGGGGUUAGUCUAGGGCUGUUAUGACACCAGGGGUGGGGUUAGCCUAGGGCGUAUAUGACACCAGGGGUGGGGUUAGUCUAGGGUGUAUAUGACAUUAGGGUUUUUAUGACAUCAGGGGUGGGGUUAGUCUAGGGCGUUUAUGACAGCAGGGGUGGGGUUAGUCUAGGGCUGUUAUGACACCAGGGGUGGGGUUAGCCUAGAGCGUAUAUGACACCAGGGGUGGGGUUAGUCUAGGGUGUAUAUGACACCAUGGGUGGGGUUAGUCUAGGGCUUUUAUGACACCAGUGGUGGGGUUAAUCUAGGGCUUAUGACACGAGGGGUGGGGUUAGUCUAGGGCUUUUAUGACACCAGGGGUGGGGUUAGUCUAGGGUGUACAUGACAACAGGGGUGGGGUUAGUCUAGGGCUUUUAUGACACCAGUUGUGGCUUUAGUCUUGGGUCUUUAUGACACGGGGUUUGGUUUAGCCUAAGGCCUUUAUGACACCAGGGGUAGGUUUAGUCUAGGGCUUUUGUGACACCAAGGGUAGGUUUAGUCUAAGGCUUUUAUGACACCAGGGGUAGGUUUAGUCUAGGGCUUUUGUAACACCAGGUGUGAGUUUAGUCUAGGGCUUUUGUGAUACCAGGUAUGGGUGUAGUCUAAGGCUUUUAUGGCACCAGGGGUGGGGUUAGUCUAGGGCUGUUAUGACACCAGGGGUUGGUUUAGUCUAGGGCUUUUGUGAUACCAGGUAUGGGUGUAGUCUAAGGCUUUUAUGACACCAGGGGUAGGUUUAGUCUAGGGCUUUUGUGACACCAGGUGUGAGUUUAGUCUAGGGCUUUUGUGAUACCAGGUAUGGGUGAGGCUUUUAUGACACCAGGGGUGGGUUUAGUCUCGGGCUUAUGUGACACCAUGGAUGCACUUACAAAAUAAAAAUGUAUUAUUACUUUAAAGGAACAACUAUAAGCCUCAUUUUGUCAAGGCACAAUAAAUCUGCUUACUGUAGAUCCUGCCUUAGGUGGUGGUUCUCUUUUUAUAUUGCUGUAAUAGAUAUUAAGGGUAUUUUAAGUUAUGAUAGCUGAUAAAUUAUAAUUCUCUGUUUGUUAUGGUGCUUAGCACACUUGGGGCAGUAUACUUGCUACAAUGUGUUUGCAUUGCCUGAUAUGAUUAAUUAUGAUGGAAACAAAUGUAUUGAAAUUCUGAAUUCCAUACUUUUCAUUUUGACCUUAUUUUAAUAAAAACAUAAUUAUUUAAAUAAUUUUUUUUUUUUUUCAACAUUUGGGAAUUUGAUUUUUUUCCUGUAAUUUUGAUUUGUAAUCUGUCAUUAUAAUUCAAUAUAGAAAACAGAUUUUCACUUAGCUUGUUUUGUUGUUUUUUUUUGUGUAGAUUAGUUAAAGCCCACAUUAAAUUAAAUGUUCUUUUUUAAAUAAAUACUAUUUUCAGAUGUCCUCAGUGGCUACAAUGGGACCAUUUUUGCUUACGGGCAAACAUCAAGUGGUAAAACACACACAAUGGAGGUCAGAAUAAUUUCAUGUUUUAUUACUCAUUAAACCUUAAUAUUUUUUAUAUUAAAUACAACAUAACUUUAUUUAUCAUUACCAACGGAAGAGCACCCUGAAAACCUCUCUCGAAAAAUUAGUCCUAAACCUAAAAAUGACCUAAUUAAUGACCUUUAAUGACCUAAUUGCAAUACAUUUUAAUUAUUUAUAUAAUACUAUGUUUACAUUUUUACUCAGGGUGUCAUGGGCAGUGAGGCACUUCAAGGUAUUAUUCCUAGGAUUGUACAAGACAUUUUUAAUUACAUCUAUGGAAUGGAUGAAAACCUCGAGUUUCAUAUCAAAGUAUGUGCCCGGUAUAAUUAAAACUUUGAUAGAAUAACUAAAUUAAAAUGUUAAAAUAUCAUAAUUAAUUACUUUUCUAUGAUUUCUCGUUUCUCUUUAUAAUAAGUUUAAGAUAUGUAAUUGGAUCAUCUGAUAUUUUUGAGUUGUUAUAUAUCAAUAAUGCUUAUACAUAUAGGUCUCUUUCUUUAUUAACAAAUAGUGCCUGUUUUAUAUGAAUAAUGCUUAUACAUAUAGGUCUCUUUCUUUAUUAACAAAUAUUGCCAGUCAUGUUUAUAUAAAUGUUAUUAAUAAUGUAACUCAACAUGCUUAGUCUAAAUAUUUUCAUUCACAAUGUGUCAAAUAUUAUUUUUGGUGUUUAUUGUUGACAACUAAUUUCUCAUUAAUAGGUUUCAUACUUUGAAAUCUACAUGGACAAGAUCAGGGAUUUACUUGAUGGUAUUGUUAUUAAUAUUAUGAAUUAGUUAUAUACUUUUAUUUAUCCUCAGAUGGUUUUAGAGCAGUUUUUCAUAAUAUUAUUUGAUGCUGACUGUAAUGAUUAUUCCUGUUAAAUAAAAUGACUGUUGUACAAAACAGUUGUACAAUGGUAGUUCAAAUAAAUUUUUUAAAUAUGCAAAUUUAUUCCAGUUGGAUAACAUGGGCUGUACUUUUUUAGGGGCGUAGCCAAGAGAAAAAAAAUUGUUAAAGUAAUUUUUGUGCUGUUUCAGUAACGAAGACAAACCUGUCUGUACAUGAAGACAAAAACAGGGUCCCUUAUGUAAAGGUAGGUGAAAUACUUCAGAUUUGGUUACUUUUACUAUUUUGUCUACAAUGUACGAUUUUGAGAUGUCAUAAACAUUUGUGGGCAGAGACUUGUCAGAACUAUGAUUUUAUUAGACUUGGUUGAAAAAAGUGAAUCUACUGGCAGAAACCUAAGGUCAGACGGCUCACCAGUCAAUGGUUGAAAAAAUAUAUUUCGUUAGUUUUUAAGAUUUUAAACAAAAAUCAUUUUCAAUUUGUUUUAGCUCCUAUCUAAAUCCUGCUGCUAAUCGACAGAAAUAAGAUUGGUUGCGAACUAUCCAUAAUUAUAUUAAGUAAGCAAUGGGGGGGGGGGGAGAGAGAGAAUAGAUGGCCGAGUCAUGGCUGAAGUACCUCCAUUUAUUAAUAUUUUUUUAAGAAUAGAUUUUUAAAAAACUAUUUUUAGGUGUGCACUGAACGAUUUGUUUCAAGUCCUGAGGAGGUUAUGGAUGUAAUUGAAGAGGGAAAAUCCAACAGACAUGUUGCAGUAACAAGUAAGUUAAAGCUGAGGGGUACAUACACAGUUUACCUAACCGCAGACAAUAUUUACCUGAAACAAAAAAAAUGUUUAAUAUGUUUUGAAAUAGCUUAUGUUUAUAAAAACAUUUUAAAAACUCUGGUGUUGCUGCAACUCUCUAAACUUGACUGGUUUUCCAAAUUUUAAAGGAGAUGCUAAAAACCUAAUAAUUUUAGAAUAGAAACAUUAAAUUCAAUCAUGUUACAGAAAAUGUACUUUCUACUAAUGCAAUUUUAAAAUAUUUUUACAGAACGUGGGAAAGCCCAAACUAGAUCUUAAUGAAUCUGAAAAAUAGUUUUUUCAAAAAUCAGGACUAACACAUUUAUAGAGCUACAGCAAUAAUUCAAUCAACCAUUCCCUUAGGAUAUCCUCAAUUAUUCUCUAAUUUAAUUCAUAUUUUUAGAUAUGAAUGAACACAGUUCUCGGAGUCACAGUGUCUUUCUCAUUCAUGUAAAACAAGAAAACGUAGAAAAUGAAAAAAAAUUGCAUGGAAAAUUGUAUCUGGUCGACUUGGCUGGUAGUGAAAAGGUAUGGGUUUAAUUUAUAAAAUACUAUUCAAGCAGUUAAAACCACUUUUUAUUGUUAUUUUUGUGUGUGUAUUAAUGGGGUUUUUUGUUGGUUUUUUUAAAAUGACAUUUGCAAGUUGAGGAAUGUCUAAUUUUUUAACAAUAAUGCCUUAUUAAAAAUAGUUGUUUUUUUUUGUUUUUUUUCCAUCACAUAUUUAGGUCAGUAAAACAGGUGCAGAAGGAUCUGUUCUUGAUGAGGCAAAAAAUAUAAAUAAAUCAUUAUCUGCCCUGGGUAAUGUCAUUGCUGCUCUUGCUGAUGGAAAUGUAAGUAAUGCUUCUGCUUGUAAAGUCUUGAAAAAAACUGGAGAACUAGAUAAAGUUUCAUCAAAUAAUUUUGUUUAAAUAAGGAUUUAAAUCUGUUAUUCCCAAUAAAUAAGGCAGUGCUAACUUCUAAAGAUUUUGAACACUUUUCAAACAAAAUAUUUUGUUUUAUUUUAGUACAUUACAAAGUAAAGUAAUAAUAGUCUUAUUUUUAAAUUAAAUUUUAUUUUAAAUUUCUCGUCUGGUUUAUUAUUCUUGUUCUAGAAAUCUCAUGUUCCAUAUCGGGACAGUAAAUUAACAAGAAUUUUACAAGAAAGUUUAGGUGGUAAUGCUCGUACCACGAUGGUCAUAUGUUGUUCUCCUGCAUCUUAUAAUGAAGGUGAAACCAAAUCAACACUUAUGUUUGGACAAAGGUCAGUUGUUGUUUUUUAAUUUUUAAAAAUGUUUUUUUCCUAUUACUGCUAGUAGUUAAAUAAUUAAACUGUUUUGUCUGUUGGGUGCUGUAGAGUUGUAAAGCUCCAUAGUUAGAUAUAAAAAAAUUGGGUCUUUUUUUUUUAAAAUAUAUAUAUAUUACAAAUUGGUUAGCAAAAUUUCAUUUUAAAAAACAAACAUUCGAAGCAUCCUUAGUCUCACUUAAUUAUCCAUUAGUUAUAUUAUGUGCACUGUUGUAAAUUUGUAAAAAAAAAAAAAAAAAAAAAAAAAAAAAAAAAAAAAUGGUAAAAAACAUGGUGUGCAAGAUGAGUAUGAAAAUGAUAUAAUCCAGGAUAUGGGAUAUUGAGUAUGUGAAGAAAAAAAAUGUGAAUUCCCUUCAAUGGUUUUGAGAUUUUUAAAAACACAACUAUCUUUCAGUUCAUUUAUUUAUACAUGGAAUUUAAGUCAUUCUUUAAGCUGGGUCAAGAUAAUCUGUACUUCUUUUUUUUCCAUGGUAUGGUGAUUAAAUCGGUUAUUUUUAAUUAAUACCAUUUUUCAGUUAUUAAAAUUAAUCUUUUUUUAAAGCAUAAAAGAUAUACAUGAUUUAUCUCAGAGCCAAGACGAUCAAGAAUGUUGUGAGUGUCAAUGAAGAGUUGACAGCAGAAGAGUGGAAAAGGCGCUAUGAGCGAGAGAAGGAGAAAAACAACAAGAUGAAGUUGAUUAUAUUAAAGUUAGAGGCAGAGCUGCAGUCCUGGAGGAAUGGUAUAAAAACAUAACUACAUUUAUAUAAUGGCCGCUUUUAUAAUCACUUGCUAAGAUAAGUCUUGACGAUUCCAUUAAAAUCCUAUUUAUAUUUAGUUUCGGGAAUUUAUUUAUGAUUUCUACAGUAAUUAGUUCAUGGUAGCAUCAAGUUGCUUUUUUUUCUUAUUCUUAAAUAAGCAGUACAGUCUGUCUAAUGUCUCUCAUUAUUUCGUAAUAAAUUUUUUGAAUGCAUAGAUUUUAAACAAACAAGACAAAUGGAAAAAAAGGUUAUAAAAAAUCUUCUUAUUAUUUUUAUUAUUUACAAUAACUUUCUUGUUAUAUCCAAGAGUUUUUGCAUCUUUCAAACUGAGUUACUAUUCCUUUGAUAAAUAUGUAAAUUGAGUUUUUCAUAUGGUAGGCAAAACAGUUCCUGUUGAGGAGCAAGUAGAUGUGAAAACUGCUGCAAUGGAAGCUGAACCUGUACCCCCAGGUCAGGCAGCCAUCGACACAGCAGCUAUGCAAUCUAGUUUCAUUGGUUUGGUUAGUGGAGGUGUCAGUGCGAUCCCAGAGGCAGAAAAGGCACAGCUGGAGGAGGAGAAGAUGAAACUCUAUCAACAGUUAGAUGAUAAAGUAAUUAUCAACUACAUUGAAAUGUUGAUAUUUGAGAAAUAAUGUUUAUUUGUAUCAAAUACUUAAAGUUAUUUAUAAGUACCAGCUUUGAUAGUUUUGUAAAUAAAGUUGCCUUAUAUAAUGUGUGAAUAUUGGAAAGAAAAUCAUUUUUAUGUUCUAAGGUCAUGAAAAACUUAACAAUUCUUACAAAUUUUCAAUUAUGACAUGGAAGCUUAGGAUAUUACCAAAUGCAUAUGAUUAACUUUUUAUUCUAUUGAAGAUCAACUAAAGCUUUUCAAAAUUACAUCAUUUUCUGGAAUUUGCAUUAAUGUCACUUAUGGAUUACCAAAUGGAACUUUUUGUUAUGCUUACAGGAUGAUGAAAUUAAUAGUCAAGGUCAAUUGAUUGAAAAACUAAGAGAGCAAAUGUUGGAGCAGGAAGAGCUGAUUGCCAACUGCAGACGAGACUAUGAAAACUCUCAAGCUGAGAUGACACGCAUUCAGGCUGAUAAUGAAUCUGCUAAAGAAGAAGUUAAAGAAGUACUUCAAGCCCUUGAAGAGCUGGCCAUGAACUAUGACCAAAAAUCUCAAGAGGUGGAGAACAAAAACAGGGACAUUGAAACUCUAAAUGAAGAGAUCAGCCAAAAGACUGUAAGUAACUUAUAUUAUUUUGAUAUAUCUUUUUUUAGAGUAGCGCAGAAAAUAAAGCUCUAUCCCUGAAGGAAGUUUCACCCCUUUUAGUUAAAUGUAUUAACCUUAAAAGUAUCUUAAAUGAUUAGUGGAGUUUGGAUUAUUGGUGUUGAAACCAAUUAUGGGUUGUUGAGUUUUAUAUUUAUUUAAUAUUUUUUUAAGAUAAACAAAUAUUAUAAAUUAGGUACUCAAAAUACUAUCUUCAUUUCAGGGAAUGUAAAAGAAUGGGUGGGUACUAUAUUAAUAUACUAUAUUAAUUUAGGGUCUUUUAGGUAGAGGUCUUUCAGGUGUGUAUUUUCCUUUUGAUAACACUUAACAAGCUUGUGUAAGUGCAGAUUAAAUAUAAGUCUUGUAAAUAUUAAAUAUUGUAUGUAAAUUACACAGUACUGAUUAUUGGUAAUCCAUUACUUGUGUUGCGGAUACAUAGGAGUCAAGUGCUGGUAUGAAACUUGUACAAAUCAUUUUUUAUCUGAUCUUUGUGAGGAAGAGUUGGAUAAUUAACCUCAGGAAUGUAUUAUAAAAACUGACAUCAGAUUAAAGUUGCAUUUCAAAAUCCUAAAACAGUUUUUCAGCACACAAAGAACAAUGUAAUCACCCCUUUUUUUGUAUCAAAUACUUCUUUUAGAAGUUAAUUUAAACUGAAUGAACUCAGGCAAUUGGCAGCCUCUGUAAUCUGUAAUAUUUAUCUUUGUAUUUUCACAGAUAAUCCUAAUAAAUAUUAAUUUCAAAUAUUUUUAGUUUUUAAAUUUGCUCUCAAAAUGUUUUCUUUUGUAUUAAAGGGGAAAAUCAGCAGUUUGCAGGCAGAACUUGAGUCUUUGAGAGACUCAUCGACUCAUCAGAAGAAGAGAGUUGUUGAAAUGAUGUCUAGCCUUCUCAAGGAUCUGGGUGAUAUUGGAGCUGUCAUUGGUGGCAAUGCUGCUGAGAACAAAGUAAUUACUUUACACUUCAGAUUCUAAAGAACCACUAACACUUUGCCUUCUAUCAUAUUACCAAUAGAAAAUAAAAAAUAAGUUAAGUGCCUAGAUCAUCUUUUGUAUGCUUCUACCGGGGAGAGAUUGCAGGGAGGUGCUGUUAGCGAUCUGCUGCAAGAGUUGAUGCCUGAUGAAGAUUCAUGUACCUAGAUAAAGUUCUUAAAUAAAUAUGAGGCUACAAAUUUUGCAAAAUAUCACUAGUUGGGAUUAUUACAGUAAAUAUUUAUCUGGUUUUAUUACCUAGCCAAACAGUGGAGCUGGGGAGAAGCUUGAGGAAGAGUUCACAGUGGCCCGUCUCUACAUAAGUAAAAUGAAAUCAGAGGUUAAGACUCUUGCCACUAGAGCUUCAAAUCUUGAAACUGCACAAGUAGAAAGUCACAAAAAACUGGAGGAUGCGAGUUCAGAAUUGUCAGAAUGCCAACUUAAAAUUCAACAGGUAAUUUCUUAAGCCAUUCUGAUCAAUAAAGGAUUAUUUUAUAUUAAAAUCUUUUACAAAAAAUGGUAAUCUAUGGUUCAAGCCAUGUAACUUAAAUAAGUAGUUGAACAAGAUAAGACAAUACUUUGGCCGAAACAUAGUUAAAAUGUCUUUUCUUUUCAAGCCGAUACAUAACUUUAUUCCGCUAUUUAUUUAAAAAAUAUGAUAGUUCAAAUAAAUUAUUUAUGUAUUCAUAAUUAAUAAAUAAGUCCAUCACGAUUUUUAGUCAAGCUUUUACCACCAUUUAUUUUUUUUAAAUCCGCCUUAAACAUAUUUUAAAGUGGUAGGCUUUUUCUUUAUCGAGCAAUAAUUUUACUUGACAAUUUUUAUUCAUAAAUAGUAUGAAGCAAAGAUGGCUACGUUGAGUGAGACCAUAAAAGAUGUGGAACAUAAAAGACGACAGUUGGAGGAAAAUGUUGAUUCUCUCAGUGAAGAAGUUGCUAGAUAUAAAGCAAACGGUUAGCUGGUUUUUUUUGGGGGGAGGGGGUGGUUAGCUUUGUCAUAAAACCUAUCUAAACUUCUUAAAUUUAUCAAUGCAUGAUUUGUGAUUUGAGACCAAUGUCACAUUAAACUUAUUAUUCCAUUUGUCUCUGUUAAACUAACCCUAUCUUAACCUUAAAUGAUAUAUUAAAUUAUAAUUAAACAUUACAUUUGAAUUCUCAGAAACAAUGCAUGCCACAGUCACUCAGAAAGUUCAAGAAGCGUCCAACAAACUACAAUCUGAGAUUGAGAUGAAGGAAGCCUUAGAGAAACAGAUGCAGAGUCACCGUGAGCAGCACCAGAAACAACUCUCCAGUCUCAGAGAGGAAAUUUCAGAUAAACAGACUCUCAUUGAUGAAUUGAAAGAGUACUAUUUUUCAUACAUUUUUAACUCUAUUUAAAUUUGAAUAAUUAAUGAUAAACUUCUAUAGAUUCAAAUUUUUGUCUUAAUGGCAGUGCUAUUUCUGACUUUUAAUUAAACCCAUAGUAUUUCUUAUUUUUAGCAAGAAUCAGUAUUUCAAUACUUUUUUUGUUAAUUUUUGAAGAACCAAUCAGAAACUCACUCUUGCUUUGGACAAGAUGCAAAAGGAUUAUGAAUCUCUGAAGUCAGAAGAGGCAGAGAAAGCAAGUCGUCUUUCAGAGCUUACCCUCCAAAUGGAAAAACGGGAGCAGGCAAAGGAAGACCUUAAAGGUUUGGAGGAAACUGUUGCUAAGGAACUACAAACCCUUCACAAUCUAAGAAAACUCUUUGUUCAGGAUCUCCAAAACAGAGUUAAAAAGGUAACAAUUAUCUCCAAAACAGAGUUAAGAAGGUAACAAUUAACAGUGACGACGGGGGGGGGGGACAUGACACCACUGGGAAAACAGCAAAUAAAGGAGAGGGUACGGUAUUACCAUGAGUUUAUAGCACUGGGUGACACCAAUACAAGAGACCCCUAUGACAAUGAACCAAAGUCAUGAGAGGAGAGACUUGCUUGUAGAUUUGUUUUUAACUAAUCUUGAAAAAAUAUUGAUAAAAUGAAAAUAUAUUAGUCUAAAAGAAAUUGAAUGUAACUCUUAAAAACUUUUUACUUUUAUAUGAUGUGAUUGGUAUAACUUUAAUGAAAACGAAAUAGUCACAAAGAUUAAACUAACAAAUAUUUAUUUUUUUAACAUAAGUCAUCAAAAUCAAUUAAUCCCCGAUUGAAAAAAAUAAUAAAACAGCUAAUUAAGUGAUGGAAUCCUAUGUAGUGAAUUUUCAGCCAAUUUUUUAGUCAUGAGGAAAGAAGUGUUAGAAAAAAAAAUCAUCCGAUAUUUUCAGUUGUAGCAAAGCUUUGCAUUUUCAAUUCUUUUUUAGGGAACUAAUGAAUCUUUAUUCCUCAGGCUGCCAACAAAAAAGAAGAGGAGGAAGAUGAGGAAGCUGGCGGAAAUGUAGCUCAGAAACAAAAAAUUUCGUUUUUGGAAAAUAAUUUGGAACAGCUUACUAAAGUACACAAACAGGUGGGUUUUUUAAUUUUUACUUCUUACUCUUCAUUAAUAUUUUUUUAAAAUGUAAUUAAUUUGAAGUCUUUUAAAAUUAAUUAAUGUAGAAAAUCAUCUGGCAAUUUAACCGAAGUUGUAAUUAAAUGUGUGGUUUUUUUUUUUACCCUUUCUGUCAAGUAGCGCCCAUUAAGAAAUUGUCUUCAGUACCAAUCAGAUAGCUCCAGAUUGACCAUAAGUUGCCGACUUAAUUAUUAUUUAUAAUAAUUUAUUGAAAAUCAAUCUUUCAUCCAGUCAUAAAAAAAGUACUGGUAAUUCUAGAGAAAUUAUGAAAUUUUAAUUGAAAUAAGACUACAUUAGGACCAUUUACACCUAAAAUUCUUCAUUGCCAAUUGAACGCAGUUGGUUAGACCAGUCAGAUCUAUCAACAUCAUCUUCAUCUUCUGACCCAUCUGGGAUAUCAAAAUUUUGAACUAAUUCAAUAUCAACAUAACUUGUUUCUGCAUUAAAUAAUUACUGUCAACUCUAACAGCUGAAGUUUGAAGUGAUCUAGAAGGGAAAACACCAUUAAGCUUAGAUCUAUUGUUAACAAAGCACUUUAAAAUAAAAAUAAUAAUCAAAAGUAGUGUAAAAUCAAGCACACAACAAAGAAAACAAGAACUUGACACUUCCUAUUUAUAAAUAGGCUCUGUGUAACUUCUUAAUUAGAAGAGUUACCUGCACUAAGCAACGUUGAAAAUGUUGUUUACGGCUAGCGUAACGGGACUGAUGAGUAAGGGCCUGAAAGUAGUAAUGAGACUGAAAGGGUUAUUAUACAAAUAUUUAUUAAUCUAACUCCUGAAUAUAGGUCCUUAUUUUAUAGAAUUUUUUAAUAAUACUUAUAAAAUUGUUCUAUUUAUACUUUAUGCACCUCUACCACAGUUAGCUUAACCCACGAACUGUCGUCGACCGAUCUCAUCGGCUGAUCUUCCCUUCCAAAACUGUAUCAGCCGCUUAUUAUGGGCCAAUAAAAGUUGCAUUGAAAGAAUAAGUUCCAGUCCAAUAUUUUACACCAAAUAAAACUACUUCCUUUUAUUAAUAAAUAAACUUCCGUUUUUAGCUCUUCUAUGUCCUUUUUUUAAAACUUUGGAGAUAUUUUUUACAACGAUCUUUAUCAAGCAAAUGUUUGUAAGUAGAUUUUCACAAAAUGGAUGAGGCCAUAACAGCUUAACCAUCUGGCUUACAAAUAAAUCAGUUUGGAAUCUUUUUGACAACUUUUUAGUUAAGUGAUUCGGAAGAUGAUUUUCCGAUCACACUCGAAGACAAUGAAAAUUCCGAUUAUUUUUCUAGUGGGUAAGAAAGCGAAACUUCGGACUCAGAUUAUCUAAGCCUAGAACGAGUAGGCGUUGUCCCAACAACAGGAUUCGUUCAAAACUAUUUUGCUGAUGAUUUUGUACCAACAAAAAAUAAUUGGAUGUAUGUUUAUAUGAAUAUAUGUUUAUUUAUAUUUCAUUUUAUGGAUUAAAUAUUUAUAUAGCAGCUUUUAAAAAUUUUAUCAGUUUCUGGCAAUGUAUUAAUGUUUAUAUUGUUUAUGGCAUGCUUUGUCACUUGAACAUGUUUACAGGUAUCAGAAGAAAAAAUUUUUUGUAUCUAUUAAUAACCAAAACAUAUACAAAUAACACAUUUUCUGAACGAUAAAUAAAAAUGAUAUCAUAUUAUAUACACAUUAUAAUAAUAUGCCUUUAAAAAAUUGUAGUUUAAGGUACUUGAAAAGUAAAACUUUCAUUAUUUUCAUUAUUUUCAUUAUUCUUGGUCACUCCGAGGUCAGCGAGUUUAAAAUAACAUUGAAAAAAAGCCAUUAUGAUUCCCCACUCAGUCUAAUUUCGAUAAAUAUAUUAUAUACUUUAUGGGGUCAAGCUAUAGUUUUGCAUGUGAAAAAUCACAUUUUUCAAAGGCACCCAAAAGCUCUAAAUUGCCAGCACAGUACAGAAAGAUACAAUGGAACAGUAGUCGCAAUAAUUUAUGCAUCAUAAUUUGCUGUUAUUUCAGUUGGUGCGAGACAAUGCUGAUCUCCGUUGUGAACUUCCUAAACUAGAAAAAAGACUUCGGGCGACUAUGGACAGGGUCAAAUCUCUUGAAACUGCACUUAAAGAGGCUAAAGAGGGAGCUAUGAGAGAUCGCAAGAGGUUUGUGUAAUUAUUUCAUUGUUUGAAAGCAGUUUUUGCUAAGCAUUUUUCCCCAGCAUGAUGCAUUUAUCAGGUGGCAUGAGGUCUAGUUCUGUAAUGUAAUAAGUAAGGUUCUCAGAUUUGCUUUCCUUUGUUGCAUUUCUGAAUGCCAUUUUGUUUCUGUUUCUUUUGAUACUGCUAUUAUUUAUUAGGUUAUGUUUGUAGAUACAAAGACAUGGCUUCUUUUAUUUUUUUGAAGGAAGAGAAAGUUUUGCAAAGACUUAACGUCUUAAUAUUUUUGUUUAGCGGUGAUGGAAAUCCUAUUGAUUUAAAGUAAGUAACUGAUUUUAAAUUACAGAGGAACUAAAAUUCUAGGUCUAGGGCUUUUUCUUUUUAACCUUCUUAUUGAACUCCAAAUAUUUUGGCUAGGCCUUUUUGAAAUUGUAUCCAUUUAUCAAGCUUUGUUCACAUUUCUAUCUAUGGCGGUGUGCCUAGUUUUUACAGAAAUGCACUAUUAUCUCAUUAAAUUCAAAGUAUGAGCAGAAUCCUAAUUUUAUAAAUGUAAUAAAAGAAGAUUUCAAACAUUUUUUUCACUAUGAUAAUAGAAAUUCAUGGCGGAUAACAUUAAAAAAGGCAGUACAGUUAGGUAAAACAGUGCUGAGUAAUCAAUAUCAAGAAAAUAUAAAAAAUGCACAUGAUGACAAUUCACCAACACUUGCGCUCAUUUAUAAUCUGCGUAAAGUUUGUUAAAAAGAGUCAUUCCCAUUCCUUGUUACACCGUAUAAUCAUGUCUAGAACUCAUGGGACCAACCAUGAUUUCUCCAGCACACCAUUGAAUGGUCAUUCUGAGGAAUACAAAGAAAAUCAGGAACCUAUGCAUCACAUAUCAAAUACACUCUGUCCAAGCAAGAGAGAGGGCAAUUUCAUGAAUCAGUAAGUUAGAACUGUUUGGGACCUUUGCCAUUUGGCCAACCUCAUUAAAUGAAGCAAUUUUUAGUGGGUAGUAUUGAUACAAAAAUAUUAAGUUUGUAUACUUUGAAUUUGUGUUUGCUUGUGCAAUGUUGGAAUGAAUAACUGUCAACCUAACCUUUAUUAAUAGAUCAAAUGCCAUUUUCAAGGACUUGCUAUUUAAAUUUGUUUCACAUCUAAAAUACAUUGGUAUUACAAGGUGUGGUGAGGUGGACAAAAAAAAUCUAGCAUAACAAUUAAAUCCAUGUUAUCAACUGUACUGCUUUUUUUUUUAACCGCCUUGUUUACAUCACCAUUUUUCAGUAGAAAAAUUGUUGCUCGGCCUAGAGUAGAUUAAUAUAAAAUUUAUUUUUAUAACAAUUUAAUAAUUCUCAACAUUUCCAUGAAAAAGUAUUAUUACAAAUGAAGAAUUUAAUUAGUGGCAACUUGAGUUUAACAAACUAAAGUGCAUGUUAAUUUUUAACCAAUCAAAAGUUCCCUGCAUUUAAACUGGCCAAAAAUUUAUUUUUUUGGCCAUAUUUUUAUAUUUUAAAAUGUUCAAUUUACUUAUUUUACUAUUUCAUAAUUUUGUUUUGAAGACUGGUGAGAUUUCAUUAUGCACUUGGUCAUAGAAUUUUAAAUGUAUAAUUUAUUUUGAUGUGGAUUUAUUUGAAUGUAUUUUAUGCUUGAUUUUUUAAAAAAAUAUUUAUAUCUUUAUAUUUAAUUGAAGAUAACAGUUAUUCAGUUCAACCUAGAAUUGUAAAUUUAUGUGUGGGCUUUUUAGCCUUAAUUCUGCUUUUUAGUUAUAUAUCAUAUGCAAACUACAUUUCAUGUCACUCUGUACUUAAGAUUUUGGCUAUAAUGUUAAUGAGAUUUUCAAAUAAUUAUAGGCUUGUAAAAAAAAAAAAUAUCAUAUGUUUAAAAAAAAUAACUAUCUAAUUUAAUGGGUAAUUUUAAAUUCUUUUAAAAAAUAUUGUUAAAAAAUCAUUUUUUAAAAAGAUGUAACACAAUAAUUCAAGGAAGAAACAUAUUUUUAAUUUUUUACCAGAUAUCAGUUGGAGGUAGACAGAAUCAAAGAAGCUGUAAGGCAGAGGAAUCUAGCACGAAGAGGACAUGCUCCACAAAUAGGUAUUUAUAUUAACUCUUGUUUUAUAUAUAGAAUAUCUUUGCUUUAUUUUAAAUCCAUAAAUACUUAACUUGACAUUGUUUUUAUUCAUUUCUUUUAAUAGCAAAACCAAUUCGCCCAGGACAGCACCCUGGUCAACCUGCCCAAAGCGCUGGAAUUAGAGGAGGUGGUGGUAUCCCAGUUAAUGGACCAGCUGCUGUCAAAGACUUUGCAUAAGUAAUAACAUAUUUGUAUAGUUCCUUUAAUUUUACAAGUACAAACCUAAUAAAGGUAAAGUUUUAGGGAGCAGGAAACUUUAUUUAACUCAGUCGACCCUUUUUAUUACUUAAAAUACUAAUACAGCUAUUUCAAAAUGAUAACAUGAUUAUGAUACUGGACAUCGUUUAGGGAUGAAUAUAUAUCUGGCAAUUACACAAAAAGUUUCCUCGUUAAAGCCAUAAAUUAUUAGGAUUGUAUUAAUCAUAUUACUAGUAAUGCAUCACUGUCCCAUCUAAAAUCUAGCUAUUUAAAUAUUGUUUAUUUUCAGUACUGAGUUUAAGAUAACUGACCAACCGUUGAGAACAGAUAGUUAUCAUCAACUGUCGGUCAUAACAAGACCAUUUCCUCACCUAGCAUUCCGCUUAAGGCUUGUGUCUCCAUCUUCACUUCAUCCUUUUAUUGUAUCAAUGAAAAACUGUUAAACAUUGGAUUUCUCUACACUUAUGUACAAAGCCUGUUUAUAAUUAAUUGUAAUUUGCUAGGAGAUUUAGUACCAAUUUUUAAAUGACAUAAAAGUCUCAGUAAUGUUUUGGAAAGAAAUUGUGAUAGUUUUAACCUAUCUAACUUUUUUUCUGAAAAAUAAUUGAGUUAAGAAAGUGACUUUUCUUUUUACUCUUUUCAUGGACAUUAACUGUUUAUGUCCUUAAAUGUCCAUAUUCCUGCUAUAAUGCAAUAUGUAGCCCUGCUUACUACUUUCCGUACAUAACUGUUAUCAGUACUUCUCAAAUUCAGUGCGAUUGGUGGACUGCAACAUAUAUACAUAACGUUUUAGCUCUUAAGUGCCGAUAAAUGACAUUCCAUAAGCUUAUAUUUAAACAUGUUUAAAAUAGCUGUUUCUUGUUAGUUUCUUCCCUCUGGUGUAGGUGAUUGCAAAUAGCAGCAUGUAGUUUUCAUUUAAUGUUCAAUGCAGCCAAUUUUAAAAAAAAUAAAAACUUAAGACGUAGACGUCCAAAAAAAAAAACAAUUGGCAAAUUUUAUUGAUGAUGCAAUAUCGACAUGUUCCAAUAUGGUUUUUGAAACUACAAAAAGAACACGUGUAUAUGUUGCAGUACACCACUAGAUGCAGAAGGAAGGGAUUUUCACAUGGCACUGGAUCCACUUUCAAUAAUCUUCUUAUCUAGGAAUGGGAAUAUAAAAAAAAUCUUUCAGAGAGCAGAUAUGUUCAUGCUUUUAUGUGCAAUAUUUAAUUUUUAACAUAAAUAAAAUGGAUGUAAGUUUUGUUUAAAACUACAUAUCCCUCCUUGUUUAUAUUCCUAGUAUGUGUUUCUUGUAAAGUUUUUGGCAUUAAGUUAUUUUUGAUGUACAUUUAACAAUGUUGCCCCCUUUACGCUUUUACAUGUUGUGUAUCAAUGAAGCAACACAUGUAACAGUCGAGAAAUAUUCUGAGAUUGAUGUUGCUAAGAAGAUGCAGCAAGAAUUUACUAACCAUCUUUUUUGCUGUUUGUACAUAAGCUUUUUAAAAAAAAACGGUGUUGGGAAUUAACAGCUUCUUCUGUGCUGACUCUUGAUCUGACCCCAGUGCUUUCUUUCAAACUGAAGACAAGAAAUAAGUAGAACAUGAUAAGCUUAUUCUAUUUUUACAUCUUAUUUCUUGUCUUAGUUUAAAGAUUUUCGUCAUCUUUCGAAUUAUUGAAAUCAAGAACAGUCAUCAAGGGGAAGCUUUCAUACACAAUCAUGUAAAAAGAGAAAAAAAAUUAUAAAUAGCUCUACAUAAAUAUAAACUUUGCAUGUCCUUCUUAUUGGAAGUAAGGCUUAUGUCCCCUUUAAAUAAUGAGAUAACCACUAAUUUUUUUAAAAAUCAUUUUGUGUCAUUGUUUCCUUAUAAUUCCCAUUGUUUCAAGUUACUGUAAAAGCUGUGGAAAAAAAGUUACUGUAAAAGCUGUGGAAAAAACAAUCUUCAUUUUGUAGUCUCACUGUUAAUUUAUUGUGAUAUAAAAUAAAUGGUGGUGUUCUUGUGAUAAGUAUGUCAUUUUGGUUCAACACUCCCCCACCCCUCUUUUUUUCAAUAAAAACUCUGGUGCUUACUAUUUCCAUUGCAACAAUGUUUCUCAUCUUUAGCUAUAGCAAAGCGAGAUAUACCAGUAGAGAUUUGAUCCCUCUUAUAUAACUGUUGCUUUUUAAAUGUGGAUGUUUGAUUCAUGCUUAAGCUUAACAUUUUUAUGUUCAUUUUACAGUGUUUAGUUUUCUAUCUAGGUCAUUUGAUUUCAAUAUCUAUGCAGUCAUGGCUGCAUCUGGUUGUGUUUUGAUGAAAUUUAGGAGAGGUUUUAGUACUGGUAUUGUUAACUUAUUAUUAUUAUUCUGAUUCAAACAUUAUUUUCAUUACAAAUUUUAAAUCUUUAACAAAGAAUGCUGUGGUCAGAUGUAAUUUUUUUGGGGGUGUAAACAUUUACUGAAAAAUUAACUCCAUGCCCUUGGUAAAAUUUAGUCCUGGUAUAACAUUGCUGUUUAUAGCAACACGUGAAUUUUGCCACCUAUUUUAUUUUCAGCAAUGUCAUUAAUAGCAUUUUUAAAAUUUUGCAAUAAAGAUUGACACUCUUUCAAUUAGUGUUUGACUCUGGAACAUUAUUUUUGGAUAAAUUUCUCUUGUAAUGUUGUCUUUGUAAAAAUCUAUGUAAUUAAAUUAAUUGCAGUUCUACUUCUUUCAUAAGUUUUUCCAUCUCAAACUCUUUCCCCCAAUUAAUUUUACAUCAUUUGUAUGAAGUAAAUUAAUUGUUGACCUUAUAUGAAUAAUUUCCUUGCAUACUUUUCAUCAUAGCACAACAAAAUAGAUUGCAAAUGCAAACUUUGUUGAGUUUCACUUAUCUCUAGUGUUUGGCAUAUCUCACUUUAUAUAGAAACAAUUCAGUCUUAUAAACUUAUACAUCAAUGUUCCAAUUUGUAGUAUAAUGAAUUUGUUUAUAGUUUAUUUUGGGUUGUUUUUUUUUCCAAAAGAAGUUUGUUUUUAUGUAAUUUAUAAACGUAUAUGCAGUGUGGUAGUUGUACAUGCAAUCUUCAAAGCGCUUGUUUGUGGCACAAUAAAAUGUAAACAAAUAUUGAUUCUUUGUUUGCAAUGUAUGAAUAUUUUUAAUACAGAUCUUCUAAAUUAUAGAACUAGAAAUAUCAAAACUAAGAUUUCUCAUAAUGAAAAUGGAUACCUUUUUUAAAGUGUGGUUCAGAUGUUGCUCUUGUAUUUAACUUAAAAAUCUUAAAAUAUACUCUUUGGUCUUGGCUCAAUGUCAUAGACUUGAUCUUGUGUCCAUUUCAGACUCCUUUAUAUUGUAUUAACUUAAGCAAGACUUGAAUUUAUGGGCAAAAAAUAUGGAUAUUACAGAGCAUAUGACUAAUAUGACAUCAUUUUGACAACUUCCUACUUAAGUUUCCUGGAAUCAAACCCCCUUUUAGAAAAACAGGUUCAGUCAUCAACAAGGUUUGAAGUUUCAGUAACAACUAAAGCUUGGUUUUGGCAACCAAUGUGCGUUACGUAAUUUGAAAUUAGUUGUUAUAAUAUAAAUAUAUAAUAAUUACAUUUAUUAUAAACGUAUGGGUUAAUAUAGAAAUACACACAAAAUAAAUGUCUGGUAAAUUUUAUUAACCUAUCAUAGUACACCGGGAUUUAUGUAAAUAAACUCGUGUCGCUAAAAUCUAAUGAACAAAGGAAACAUGUCUUUCUUUCGGUUUUAUGUUUAUGCCUAUUUAAAAGAGGGUGCGAACAAGUUACAUUAAAUAUAAAUGCUUUCAAAGGCACACAAUUUCUAUCAUGUCUUUCCUCACUUUUGUUACACCGGGGGGGGGGGGGGGGGGGCGUCAGGGUUUGGUAAAUGUUUAUCUUGUAGGCUGUGGCGUAGCUAUGGUUAGUGCCGCCCAUGGCAGGCCAAGAUUUUUGCCGCCCCAUUUUACGAUAGAAACCUCUGCCAUUUAUCAAAACUUCCGCCCCUUUAUAUAAGGAAAAAGAGAAUCCCCCUACCUAUGCCACUGCUUGUAGGAUCAUCAUACUACUGUGGCGUUUUGUCCCCUCUCCACCCGCGCACAUCUUGCACAUCUAUGUGUUAUCAACUGUAAACAAUUUGAUUGGUAAAUAAAUAUGCCAACCGGUUUC